UGAACCAGCUUUGAAGGGGCCCAGCUUGCAAAAGGUUGAGAACCCCUGCUCUGUACAGUAUAGAUCAGAUUGAUCCAGUCCAUAAAUAUUUAACUAGUGGGUGGGUUUGAGAGCUGAAUAAUGAAACCUCAUGUCAAAUGGGCUGGUCGCUGUGCUUUUCGUAAGUAUAAAGCUGAGUCACAUCAGUGACAAAGAUGAGGGAGCUGAACUGACAAGCAUCCUCAUACUGAGUCUUUUCGUUAUCUAUCCAUCAUGAAAGUGUCUGAUUUGGGCUUGAAAAAUGUGGACAAUCAAACAGUUCAAUUCUGCUUGCCAGACAACAAUUUAUCUUGCACCAAAAGUAUCAGACCAGAAGUGGAAUACAUUGCUGUGUACAUUUUUGUUUCUGUAACAUCAGUGUUAACCGUGUUUCUGAACUUGUUAGUGAUUAUCUCCAUUUCACACUUCAAGCAGCUCCACACUCCGACCAAUGUGCUGAUCCUCUCUCUGGCCGUGGCUGAUCUGAUCGCAGGAAUGAUUCUCAUGCCAGUGCAAGGAAUGAAACUCAUUGAGCCAUGCUGGUACUUUGGAGAAAUGUUUUGUUCAAUAUUUCCUCUAAUUCUGAAUGUGAUUGUCAUAGCAUCUCUUGGUAAUAUGAUUAUUAUAUCUGUGGAUCGGUUCAUUGCUGUGAACGACCCUUUGCGAUAUCCACUGAAAGUCAAUACUUAUAGAGCUAUUGUUUCUAUUGUUGUAAACUGGUUAUUCUCCUCCAUAUAUUCAUCUUAUCUAAUGUUUGACCUUUUACUCCAUCCAGAGAAAAACCACACAUGUAUUGGAGAAUGUGUCAUUGUUUUUACACUGGAAAGUCUAAUAAUAGACACUUUCAUUUGUUUAGUGAUACCUUGCUGUAUAAUUAUUCCUUUGUAUAUGAAAAUCUGCUUUGUAGCAAAACGGCAAGCUAGGCAUUUAAAUUCAGUCACAGAAAAAAAGGCCAAAUCAGAAAAAAAGGCUGCAAGAACCUUAGGGAUUGUAGUAGGGGUUUAUCUUCUUUGCUGGAUGCCAUUCUACAUAGUUACACUUUCUUUUGGGCAUGAUGAAAAUGAUGUUCUUAUAAUUAAUGUAAUGAACUGGAUAGUUUGCAUGAAUUCCUGCAUGAAUCCACUUAUCUAUGCAAUGUUUUAUCAAUGGUUUAGAGUGUCAGCAAAAUACAUUUUGACACUGAAAAUAUUUGAACCUUCAUCAGAGUACUUGAAUCUGUUUCCAGAAGAGAAAUGACAAUUGAAAUGCUUGCAUGAGUAGCAUUAAGAACACAUGUAAAUAAGAUUAUCUGUCAUCAAAUCGAAUAGUAGGGUUCUUGUGUUAAGCACUAUUUCAUAAACUUUGGAUGAUACCAGUGCAACAGUUAUGUCUGUAAAAAAUGUAAACGUACUGCCUAGUAUGAAUGUAUGUUUAUAGUGCACUGUAUUUGUGAGUGACACUGUCCCUGUUUGCUCUCUUGAAUGCCUUAAAUGGCUAAAAUCAGCUACAACAAUAUCUAUGAGUGUUUUUGUUUUAUUUAUUUUUUUAUUUUUUCCCAGAUGAACAUGAACUGUAAAACAGCAGCUGGUAAAUGAUAACUAAGAGUUGUGAUAUAUAUAUAAUCAUUUAUGUCUCCUGUUUGCCAUGCAGUGUCUGUUUAAACAAGCACAUUGUCAUCUGAGACAAGGCCAUAUAAAGAAAUUUUAGGGGC